AUGUUCGACCCUGGGAAUGAGUUGGCCGAGUCCCUUCAUACGACGAUGGUGGAGAGGAGCCAGUUGGUUCUUCAAGAGUCCGCCUCCCAACUUCCUCCCGAGACUCCGAUCGAGUCUGUGGAUCCUCCGCAUGAUGCUGGAUUUCAGAUUUUGACGCAGACGUUGGAUCAGACUCUCGGGAGGAGGCCGGGAACGUAUUGUAGGGGGAUGGGGAAUGCCCGACAGAGGGAACCUCGACCCGCGGUCAUCGUCGCAGGCAAACAGUCAGGUGACUGUUUUGACAUCGCGGGUUGCCGAGCUUGA